AUGCGCCUCCUCUCUAUUCUCCCCACCCUCCUCACCUUGCUCUCCUACCUCGUCUCCGCAGAACACACCUCUAAUUGGGCCGUCCUCGUCUCUACCUCCCGGUUCUGGUUCAACUACCGCCAUCUCGCCAAUGUCCUCUCCCUCUACCGUACGGUCAAAAGGCUCGGGAUUCCCGAUUCCCAGAUCAUCCUGAUGUUACCAGACGACAUGGCCUGCAACCCUCGCAACGCAUUUCCAGGAACGGUAUAUAACAACGCCGACCGCGCUCUAGACCUAUACGGCGACAACAUAGAAGUAGACUAUCGUGGCUACGAAGUGACUGUAGAGAGCUUCAUCCGACUCUUAACAGACCGGCUAGGUGACGACGUGCCCCGCAGCAAGCGACUGGGGUCUGAUGCAGGAAGCAACGUCCUUGUCUACAUGACCGGGCACGGCGGAGAUCAGUUCCUGAAAUUCCAGGACUCAGAGGAAAUAGGCGCGUGGGACUUGGCUGACGCUUUCGGGCAGAUGUGGGAAAAGAAACGAUACCGGGAAUUGCUCUUCAUGAUCGAUACCUGCCAAGCCAAUACCAUGUACACCCACUUCUACUCCCCCAACAUCAUCGCCACGGGUUCCAGCGCCCUCUCUCAGUCGUCCUACUCCCACCAUGCCGAUAGCGACGUGGGAGUCGCCGUCAUCGAUCGCUGGACAUACUACAUUCUCGAGUUCCUGGAAACGCAGGUUACGAACCAGAACUCCAAGCGUACUCUAGGCGACCUCUUUGAUUCGUACGACGAGUCGAAGAUCCAUUCUCAGCCCGGCGUGCGGUGGGAUUUGUUCCCUGGCGGUGAAGCAGAAGGUAGACAGCGCAUAGUUAUGGAUUUUUUCGGCAAUGUGCAGAAUGUCGAUGUCGAAGGGAAUCACGGAAACGCAACGGCCGAUGCUAACUCGCUAAGGGAGGACCUCGUGGCCAUCGCCAAGUUAGUUGAGGAAUGGAGACUGCAAGAACCACAGAUACAUGCACAGUCCACUCCAGAAUCGGCAUCGAACAGCACCGGCGAGGGCGAAACGCAUCAAGAUAACACUGGCACGCCGUUCAAGAUCUCCCCUGCUGCCAUGAAAAUGGACGACUCGAAUAACUGGAGUAAUCAGCUUGUGGGAUUAUCUGUAUUAACGAGCCUGGGGGCGGUCUGGUUUGCUGGCUCUUUACUUGGGAAACCAUAG